GUGCGGCACGGUCAGACGACAUCAACGAUCAUCGCUACGACUUGUUGGAUUCGGUUGGGGGGGCAAUGAGGGGGGGUGCGGGGACCAGCGCUGCGGGGGGCUCUGGGGGUACCCAGUUCAACCCGCUGUCCGAGAGGGAGAUGGCGAAGUUGAGGCGGGGGAACAUCGUUUGGAACUUUGUAACAGCGGGGCAGUACGUCGGGGACCAGUCGAAGAUGCAUGGGGACCGAAAGUUGCGCUGCAACUUAUGCGGCCACUUGUUUCAGGGGGGGUCGUCGAAGGCCGCGCGCCAUUUCACGCAGGCGAAGUACUGCAAGGCUGGGGGGAUGAGAGUUCUCGCGGAACUCUGGAACGGCACGGACUAUACAUUCGUGCCGUCCACUGCUCAGCGGGUGCAGAGGUGGAUGGCGGACGAGGGGAUACGGUACACGAGAGCACCCGCGGGUGGCCACCGACAGCGGACUGACGACGGAGAGAGGGACGACAUUCAGGACGCCCUCGAUGAGGAGGAGCACCGCGAGGGUGGGGCCAGGGAGGGGAGGGUGGCAAACGAGGCAGACGAGGCAGUCGAAGACCCUGAUCUGCCAGGGGAGGAGGUGGUGAUGACGUCAAGAGGCGUUGGUCCUAGGGCGCCGCGACAUGGGUUGGAGCGCACGAGGAGGGAGAAGAGGACAGUGGGGGAGGCUGACGUCGAGGUGCGAGACACGGGCAGGGAGAAGAGGGCUCGGCAGACGACGAUUGAGAAGAUGUACGCCAAGGAGAAGUUGGCCGAGUUCACAGACGCGUGGCUGCAGUGGAUCUACGUGAAGGGGUUGCCAUUCAACGCCUUCCGUGGUCCGGAAUUCCAGAGGGUGCGGCAGGCGGCAGAGAGAGUGCCUCGCUCUAUCCAGUUCCGGUUUCCUUCCUUCAGGGUUACAGUGGGUGCCGGUAUCCCUUCGCAGAGGGCGAAGGUGGCGACGAUGGUGAGCGAGGUGCGCGCCGCUUUCCGGCACAGCGGUGCCACCAUCCUCUCAGACGGGAGGAAGUCGCGCAGCGGCAAGCCUCUCGUGAACUUCUUCGCCGGGGGCGCCAAUGGCGCCCUCCUAUACCCCACCAUCGCACGUGACGGGUCGGUCCGAGACACAACGGAAAUCGUGUACCGUAGGCGGCGGGCCAUCAUCUUGUCCUUUCCUGCAAAGGACGUGAUCGGCUUCUGCACAAACUCCGCCAGUAACUACACGGCGGCAGCGUGCAGAUUCGCCACUGACCCCGAGCCCGACAUCAGGAGGAUCACUUGGCUCCCCUGCUCCACCCAUGUCUGCAACUUGAUGUUGUCAGAUAUCGGGACUCAGCAUGUGCUGCAGUUGAUGAGGAGGGUCGACGUGCCGGAGGAUAUGAUCGAGCCGUGCAUGCGUGAGGUUGCCAUCCGCAACCUCCACAUGCUAGAGCCCUCACAUGCCGCGGCCCACCUCCUCAACCCUCGUCGACCGUCCCUCACGUAUUACCAUUCGUUGGAGACGACCGCCGACGACCGCCGUGUGGUCGAGGAGUGCGACAGAUUUCUCCUAACACAGACCGGCGGCGAUUCAGUCGGCAGACUGUACAGGACCGUGAGGGACCAGAUGAGGGCAUUCCACUCGAGGCAAGGGGAUUGGGGAGAUCGGUCCCUCUCUGAUGCCGAGGCGGCAGAUUGCAGAGGGGACAGCGAGACCGAGCGAUGUGCAGCGUGGUGGUUUGAGCAUGGACGUGCCCACCCGGAGUUGCGCACCAUCGCCAUCUGUGUCAUGCAUUUGUGGACGUCUGCCUCUCCAGCGGAGAGGAACUGGGCGCAGCACGAGCGCAUCAACACGGCGAGGCAUUGCAAGCUUGGGUUUGCCAAGCUUGCACAGCUAGUUGAGAUUGCCACCAAUCUCAAACUGGCCUCGUGCGCACGACAGGGUGGGGGGUACGUGUUGCCAUGGGUUAUGGGGACCGGUCGGGGGGGAACGACAGAGGAUGAGGAGGAGGAGGGAGAUGUGGAGCCCGAGGUAGCCCAUUCGGUUCUGGACGUGUUCGGCAUCAGGGCGACGGAGCUGCGACCGUGGCCAAAGGGUGGGGAUGAUGUGGACGCUGCUGCGGCAGACGGCGACAUCGACGACGAGUGGACAGACGAUGAUGACACACCGCUGAGUGGCGACCCGAUAGUUGAGCGGGUGUACUUCACUUACAGUGGGGGUCGUGACGACAUGGAUUCAUUCACAUUAGUUAUCGCUAGUGAUGUGCCGUCGACCGCACAGGCGAGUGGCAGCAGCAGAGCCGGUGGUGGUCGUGGAGGAUGUUCGCGUGCGGAGGUUGGCGUCGACGACUCGGGGGAGCAGCAGCCACGGGGAGGUCUUCGGCAGACAAGCAGACGUUGGGAGGUUAGGAGCGACAGCGAGGCCGAGGGGGAGGCUGAGGAUGAGGAGGUGCCCCUUCGCGAUCGUCGCUUCUCUCCCUCCCAUCAUCCGAUCUCUGCACAUCCUAAGGCACUUAGGCGUUCGGAGAGUGUCGAGGGACGUCGACGUACCUCACCGGCGGAGGUGCGCACCGACGCGGACGUUGUGCGGGGCCCUCUUGAGACUGAGGAGGAGAGGGAUGCCCGUUUGGACCGAGAGGAGGAGGAGCGGCUGGGGAGUUUGCCACGAUGGGAGGGUCGGUUCUCAUAUCUUGACGAGCUGCGUCGGCAGAGGGAGUUGGAGACAGGAGGGGGGGGAGGCCGUGAUGUCGACGACUCGGGUGUCCCUGAGGAGGCAGUUCAGGGGGAGUUCGAUGAUGAGGGACAGGAUGCCGCCGCGGGUGGUGGGUUAGGUGGUGGACGACGCGGCGACGGGGAGACCGCGGGUGAUGAGGGCAUUGAGGGGCAGGAUGUUGUCGUGGGCGGUGGAUCCCCUAGUGGGGGGCGUGGCGACAGCGGGACCGCGGGUGAUGAGGGACGGGGUGCUGCCGUGUGUGGCAGUGGAGAGGGUGGACCCGGUGGAUAUGGGGAUACUGCGGGUGUCAGGGGAGACGAUGGACCAGACGGAGAUGAUGACGACGACCACGGUCCCGAGGACGAUGCGUAUAGGCUCACCUUGGUGUUGAGGGAUCCCACAGUACCUCCCUUGCGCCCUGACGACACAGCGCACACUUUCUUCGACGUCGACGCUUUGGCGCAAGCAUUGACAGAUGACCCUUUCUCACACAUGAGCUGCAAGAGCGGCAAGACGCGGGCCCCUGAGAGGGUAUAUUCACCGCCGCCGUUCGAGGUGAAGAGCCCUCACUGGUUGGGUUCGUCGCUCAGCGGCGUGAGAGGGAGGGAGUCCGGAGCGGGUGAGGUGGGGUCCGGCAGACGCAGCGGCGGCGGCAGAGAUAGUGCAGGAUCGAUGCCUCCACCGCCCGCACGGACUCCGGAGGCCGGGGUCGACGUCGGGGACCAGACGGCGGCACCCGGAGUUGCGCACAGUGGUGGUUCCCCGCCGACAGUCCGAGGUGGUGUGGGUGGCGGAUGGUCAGCUGUUCGUCGGGUUGGGGACCGGUUGCGGGCGGAUUACGACGCCGGGAGGGGCGUCUUCACGGGACGUACGCCAGUUCAGACGCAGGCUGCGGAGGCUGGGUCCGGACGUCCGAGCCUGCAGAUGGCAGGCCGCAUGCUCGGUUUGUCACGAGCGGAGACGAGGAGAUCAUUGGUCCUCGAGGCCGCAGGGUCAUCCACGGACAUGCUGCGGGGAGAGCAAUUCACAUCGGGCGAGGAGGGGUUGUUGAUGCGUCCAGGGACGAGACAACAACAUGGCCUCUCGGAGGUUGAGGCUCGACUCGCGGCAGGGGUCGCCGCUGGCCAGGCAGCAUUGGACGCGAUUCAGAGGGAGGGAGAGAUGGGGAUUGCUGCACGGGCGGCGGAGGACGAGGAUGCAGACACAGAGUCCGAGCCGAUCGAGUCUGCGGCCCGUAGAAACAGGGCACAGGUGGCCGCGGCAGCCGCUGCAGCACAGGCGGCAUACCUCAGCGGGGCAUGGGGCACAGGUGCCGGAGGGAGAGGAGGGCGCCGGGGAGGAGCGCAUGACCGCCCGUCCUCCGGGAGAGGCCGCACGCGCUCUGGAGGGAGAUGACGACGUCCGUGGUUUUUUUUUUUUCAUUAGUUUUUUAUGUUUUUUGCGUGGCUGUACAACCUGGAUGCUCCGUCGACAGGGUUGUUGCAUAUUUAUGUC